AUGACCGUGUGUUGUGGUUUGUACGAGCAGGAAAAACAACUGUGUGGCGAAAUCAAGAUCCUACCAACACAUUAUCUGAGUCUAUUGGAAGCCAUGUCAAUGGGGAUUUUAAAGGGCAAUAUUACCAAGAAAUCCGAGGCGCAUGGCAUGUUCAACCUUGAUCCAAACAAGGUGGAUAGAGUAUAUGAUAUGCUUGUGAAAAAGGGUAUCACUCAAGCGUGGCAUGCAGCCAGCCUGCAACUUUGUUCGAGAGCUAAUGAGUUGUGGAUUCUAGAAAGGUAA